AUGCCAAACAGACCUUCAAACGGUCACCUGAUCACUCGCCUUCGUUCCCUCUCCUUAUGCUCUCCCCCAACAACCGCCCUCUUCUACGCUAGACUUUGGCACGUCUUAUUCCCUCCUGCUAAUCUGGCAGAUCAUGAUUCUCUUCAUACUCUCGCUUUAUGUCUGCUCCAGACAGAACGACCGUAUUCCGCUCUACACCUCGUCAGGGACACUGCCAAUGGGGAUCAUGUCAUGGGAUCAUGUUAUGGUUGCGCAUUCAUCGUUGCUAAAUGUUGUGAGAAUGUCGGAAGGUUUAGUGAAGGUCAAGAAGUCUUGAAUCGCGCUAUGAGGAUAAGUGGACCAUCAAGUGGGUUAUCCUUCAACACACCUCCGUGGCUCGUCCAAAACUUCAUUCUUCCCCCAUGGACUUCGACUGUAGGCUUGAUCAGUCCAGGUGGGACGAAACAAUAUCGAAAAGCAUUACAGGAAGAUUCUUGGUUAUGGGAAGCAUUUACGGGGUUAUGUGAUGCUGGUGAGACUAUAAGCGCCAUCCCUCCCCAUACUUAUCAGCUCUCAGUCUAUGACACUUGUUCACCCCCAUCACCCGACCUCAUCUUCCCCGAUCCUUCUCCCAAAUCCAAAUCACGUCCACCCACAUUAUCCCCUAACCCCAUGAGACCAGAGUUGGGUUAUGCACCUUCUAAACGUCAGAUGAGCCCUUUAGUCAGUUCCAGUUCGAGUCUGUUCACUCCUGAUAUCGGAGCUGGGUCGGGAGUAGGAUCUGGAGGACAACGAUUGGGCUUGAUGGGAAAUGUUGGUUCAUGGGAAACCCCCUCAGUACUCGGAGAUACGACAUUUGACAACUCUCAACAACCACCCCCGUCCCUCACCCACUCCCGUCGUCCGUUUCCCAGUUUUGCAUCAAUGCUACCUGCUUCCAUCCGGUCCAUAGCCACCCCCACUUCCAACGUCGAUCCCGCUUCUUCAAAGCCUCCCGCGAUGAAAAGGCCUCGUGGAGCCCAGGGAAAACGAUUAGAGACACCACAGACUCAACUCAAUGGUCAUGGUAAUAAAAAUGGAAAGGAUUUGAUGGUUAUUGAUCCUCACGGAGAUCAUGAUGGCGCUGUGAGAAGAAGCAGAAGAUUAAAUACAACCGCUGGAGCGCCUAGUAAGGCUGCCCCUCGAGAAAAACGAUCCACUCGGUCCCACUCGGCCACAUCAUCCGCUUCUACUGCUACCGAUCUCUCUCCUCUUUCUCAUUCCAUCGACGAUAAGUCGCAGCAGAUAGCAGACGACUGGUUGCGUGAUGUGGUACGUCGGUGCGGGAGGGCUUAUCGCGCUUUGAGCAUGUUUCAAUGUCCUGAAGUCAUUGGACAUCUUGAGGGGUUACCGGAGGAGGUACAAAGUGGAGUAUGGGGUUUGGAAAUGAUGGCUAGGGCGUUGUAUGAGAUGGCACAUUAUACUGCCGCGCAAAGAGUAUAUGGUCGUCUCCUAGCUCUCGAUCCUCACCGUUUGAACGGAAUGGAACAUCUCUCUACUUUAUUGUGGCAUCUAAGCGAUGCUCCAGCUCUCUCACACCUAUCCCAAACUCUCAUGUCAGUAUCAAGAGAGGCACCACAAACUUGGAUCGCAGCUGGCAAUUGUUUCAGCGUGCAAAAAGAUCACGAUGAGGCUAUGCGAUGUUUUCGAAGGGCUACGCAGGUGGCACCAGGUUGUGCGUACGCGUGGACGUUGUGUGGGUAUGAAGCUGUAGAGAUGGAAGAAUAUGAAAGAGCGGUGGCAUUUUUCAGAACGGCUAUAAGGACGGAUGCUAGGCAUUAUAAUGCUUGGUAUGGAAUGGGUCUCGUUUAUCUCAAAACUGGAAAACCUAAACAUGCAGAACAUCAUUUCCGUCGAGCGGCAGAGUUAAACCCAACAAAUGCCGUAUUGCUAUGUUGUAUAGGUAUGGUACUUGAACAAAUGGACAAUGUAAUUCAAGCUUUGGAAUACUACGAUAAAGCUGUUAGGUUUUCACCGAAUAGUCCUAUGGUCGUCUUUAAGCGAAUAAGGGCUUUGGUUUCUUUGGGUAGAAUAGAGGAAUCUUUACCUCAACUAGAACAUUUAUCUAGACAUUCACCAGACGAAGCCAACGUUUUCUUCCUCUUGGGAAAAUGUUACCUACGUCUCGAUCGGAAAUCCGAUGCGGCAGUAUCUUUCACCCAUGCAAGAGAAUUACAACCAAAGUUGGAAAGUUCUAUAAAAGCCGCUUUUGAAAAUGGAGGUUUGGAUAUUGAUGAGGAAGUAGAGUAA